AGUUUUUUUUUCCGCGAAGGGAAGAAGUACUUGCAGUACAGAUUCGCUGCACUCGUCCGGGGAGCGACGUGUGCUGCGGUUUCGAUCUCUAUCCUUGCCCUCGGUCGCCUCCCUUCGCCCCCCGAAGGAGAGGUUCACUUGGUAGAAAUCUAACCCUGAUGCCUUACACCUCCCGCCGCUAGGAUGGACGAUUUAGUCCUCGUCUACGAUAAAGACACCCCCGAGGCGGGGCAGUUCGCGCUGAACCUGUACGACCACGCGAAAAAAUGGAUCGGGUUUUCGGUGCAGGAGCCGAAGCCGACCGAGCGCACCUCGUUCACGGUGAACGGCGCCAACAUGGGGAUCAUCAUCACCAAAGACGUGUUCAAGUCGGAGUUCGUCACGGACGCGCUGGAGCUGAUGGUGGCGGCCAAGAAGCCCUGCCUGCUGAUCCACCACAUCGCGGGCAAGACCAACGUGGAGGACGAAAUUAUGCAGUGCGAGAACGACGACUACCUGCGGUACAUCCGCAAGGCGCAGACCUGCAUCUACACCUUUGACCUCGCGGACCAGUGCCAGGACCACAUGAUCACGCUGCUGGAGUUCAAGUCCGCGGACAGCAAGAAGGAGCUCCAGAAGCAGGCCGUCCUCCGGCUCGAGGAGACCCGGGCGGACGUGCUCUUGUUUUCCUCCCGCGUCGCCAAGGGCCGGCUGAACGCCGCGGUGCACAGGAGGUACGACUUCUGCCUCACCUGCGCGGUGGAGGACCCCCCGGUGGCCGAGGACGUGCUGAAUAAGGUGUACGACAUCAUGAGCCGGUACGCGCCGGCGCUGCAGGUCGCGCGCAACCAGGGCGACAAGGCGGUCACCAACGUGCAGCAGCGCACCGCGAACAUCCGCGACUCCUUCAACCUGGUCGUCUUCGCCACGAGGAAUUGCUUCGCCUAUUACAAUGAAAAAUGCCCCCACCCCCGAACUUGAAAGCAUUUGUAUUGCAAAUCUUUCCAAGUGAAACAUUCGCCCUCUUGCGUGUAUCAGCAUCUAUCACAGAUUUCCGAUCGCGAAUAGCAAAAAUCUGUAUUGCAAAAGAUCCCAGCAAGAGCGGUGCUUGUCAUGCAAACCGCCCGUACUCCUUUCAUGCAUGACAAAAAGCUUUCAUUUGGAAACUUCGCAUCAUAAACUCUUGCAAUUUCAGGGGUGGGGGGCAUUUUUCACUGUGAUAUCGCCACCGACGAGAACGGGAAGGGCAGCGCGGUGGUCGAGGAGGUGAAGGCCGCGCUGGAAUCCGAGCUGUAUCCUGUGUAAAAGCAUCCCCACCCCAGAGUUGUCAUGCAGAUCUGCAAGCGCAAGAGCAUUUGUAAUGCGCAUCCCCAUGAUAGGCAUUUCCGAUCGUGUUUUGGAACUUGUAAUGCUGUAAACGGGAUAAGCCGAUGGAUUUGUAGUGCGACUUCCCUUUCUAAACUGCGCUACAAUACAGCUAGCAAUUUGUCAUGCGUGCCUCCCAAAACUUCAAGGUUUGUGUUGCAAAAUCCCCAUCUUGACUCUGGGGUGGGGACGUUUUUCAUUAGGAUAAGCUGCAGGUGUGCAUCAUCCAGCACCUGUCCCAGUGUCCGGACAUCGACGCGGAGAUCGAGAAGUGCCAGGACCCGGUCCUGCAGUCCUGUUUGAACCGGGCCAUGCGGUUUGUGUACCUGGAGGGCACCGCGGACGCGACGCUGCGCUCUUUAGUUGCCGACCCGGCCUUCGUGAAGACGGACGAUAACAAGACGCCGCGGACCCGCGCCGCGGGCGUGGCCAGCUUCAAGCUGAACUAUAAGAACUCGCAGGCCAUGGAGCUGGCGUUCGACGGUCGGCUGGCCGUGUACAAGACCAGUUUGUACGAAAUGAAGAACAAGAAGAUCCCCGGCGACGUGGAGACCUGCAUCAAAAACCUGUUUGCCUUGUACGACACGCAGGGCAAGGGCCGCAUCACGUGGGGGCAGUUCGCGGAGAUCGACCGGCUGAUGACGGAGACCCUCGGCGGCCAGUACAGCGAGAUGAUUUCCCGCCGCGUGUACAGUAUGAUGUUGUACCCGGGUCUCACGCUGGAGAGCGAGAUCAGUUACACCACCUUCUUCAACUACCACGCCUUCAUCGCGAAGUCGAUGGGCAUCUUCGAGGGCGAGUCCCGCGACGUGGGCAUCCACUACAAGUACGUCAGCGACAAGGUGAAAACGAUGAAGAAGGGCAAGCGGUUCCAGAAAACCUACGACCUGUACGUCACGCACGACCGCAGCAAAUUUUCGCGCGAGUUCGCGUUCCAACUGGCCAAUUCCAUCCGCAAGUUCACGCCGAACAUCCGGCUGGUGCUCGGGACGGACUUUGACAAAAAAGAGGACGACAAGGGCGACGACAAGAAGAAGAAGGACGACAAGAAGGCGCCGGAGGAACCCAAGAAGAACACGGCGCCGCUGAACGCGCUGAACAUGCUGGUCUUGCUCCGGCAGGAUGUCCUGAUGAAGGACGUGGUGAAGGAGGAGAUUAUGUGCGGGCUGGAGGGCGGGGCGCAGGUGCUGAUGAUGUGCCACGUGGAGAAGUGCCCCAUGUUUGAGGUGGAGGUGAAGAAGGCGCCGCAGGAGCUGCAGACCAUUAUGCGCCGGCUGCCCGUCUUCUGCUACUCGCCCGACAACGACGCCAGCUGCGUGACCAGCAUGCUGGAGCAGAUGCACUUCCCGGACUGGAAGCCCAUCGCCAACAAGGCCAAGACCUUCCGACGGAAUGAAAACCCGCUCGUGCUCCACCUUUUCCAGCGCGCAGACGAGGACGAGACUGUGCUGUCGGCCUUUCAGGCGGUUGCUAACGUCACCUCGCCCAGCAGCGUCAACGCCGGCUUUUUCGGCUACGACUUCUACAAGGACGGCGGACUCGUCAUUCUGCAAGACAAACUGAUGAACUACACGUCCCUGCCCGCAAUCGCGGAGACCGGAAUUCGCGCCAUCGCAAACUUAGCGCAGUGCUGCGGCCCGCACGCCGGGGAAGUGGUAUUGCUGCCGUCUUUUUUUUUUCGCUCAUAAGUAAAAGCAGAAUCAAAUUCAAAACAAAAUGCAUGAGAAGUAGAAAGUAAGUUACAGUUAGUUGUCUGGAAAUUCAAAAGAAUUUCAUGUCUUUUCUGCAUUGAAUUUGAGAAAGUUUCUCAAUUUUUUUUCGUCAAAACAUUAUCUUCCGCGCAUCAACAGGUCGACCGCAUGUGCGACUUGGGCACGGUAGACACGAUCGUGCAGUGCAUCAACCAGCACACCGAUUUUCCGCUGCUGCAGGGUGAGGCCUGCCGCGCGAUCACGAACAUCGCCGCGCAGAGCAGCAAGGCAAAGGACAAGGUGAACAAGGUGCACGGCUUCCAGCUGGUGCUGCAGAGUCAGAAGCGCAACGAGGAGGAGCCAACAUUCUGGGAGACCAGGUUCGAGUUCCGCCGCCUGGCGGUCGGCGAUGAUUUGAUGGUGAACUACGAAGGCCAGGGCCGGUACGUGAGCGGCAGCGUGGUGGAGGCGUACUCCAACGGUACCUACGACGUGAAGUUUGCACACGGAGGGAUGGGCCGUCGCAUCCACGCUCAGCUGGUGCGACCCAAGGACCCCUCGGAUAAGGUGCUGGAGUUCUGCGGGCACUGGCUGUGGAAGCCCGGCGGCCGGUUGACCGAGGACUCGCUGCUGAUCAAGGCGGACGGCAUGGUUUCGCUGACCGAGUCCGGGCAGGUCGGAACGUGGUCCGUCGCGGAGCGCGACGACGGCAAGGCCGCGAUCAAGCUGCAGUUGGGAACGCUGAUGAUCGAGAUGGAACGCAUCUCCGUGACCACCAUGCGCGCUACGGCCUCUCCGCACCGCGCCGUGCUGGCGGACGAGCUGCGCGCCUGCCUGGUCGCGCAGUACUUUAACUACGAGGACAUGAACGGCGCGCUCAACAACGGCGCGCUCAGCAUCCCACCGCUGCUUGGUCGCAAGCCGGAUUUGACGCGACUGGAACAGGAGAUCAACCGCGCGCCCGGAAACGGCCAGCCCUGGACGGGGCUGAGCAUGGAGUUCGCCGGCAACUUCGCGACCCGCUAUUCCGGGACGCUGUCCAUCGCGAAGAUGGGGGAUUACACCUUCGACCUGAGCGCCGAGGCUUACGCGUCGCUCCGCAUCGGCGCUCGGAACAUCGUCGCGGGAAAGCGGUACUACUUUGUCGCGGGCACGCACACGAUCCGCUUGGACUACUGCGCCAAGAGCGACAUGGACAAGAAAGUGGUCCUGAAGUACCAGGGACCGGACACGCACGAGAGCAUGGUGUCCGUUCCGGCCGGCGUGCUGCAGCACGACCUGCAGUCGACCAACAUUUUGGAGAAGCCCGGUUUCAUGGCGGAGUACUUCCCGGUGGACAUGUCGACGGAGAUGACCAUGCCGAACGGCACCCCGGAUAUCCAGCGUAUCGAGAAGAUGCUCGACUUCGACAUGGACACCGACCCCUGGACGCGGUUGCCCGACCGCUACGGCGCGCCCGGGUUCUGCGCCCGCUACACGGGGUACUUGACUGUCGCGUGCGGCGGCAAGAAGCGGGCGCUGUACAAGUUCUUCUGCGAGGCCAACAAGCGCGCCCGCAUGUUCGUGAACGACAACUUGCUGAUCGACCUGGACCAAACCACCGCGGAGGUGGAGUUGACCAAGGGGCAGCACCUGCUCCGCGUGGAGUACUACUCGCGACCCAACGAGAUGCACGGCCUGAAGGUGAAGUACGCCGGUCCGGAAACGCUGCCGAAGCAGACCAAGGCCGAGGAGGACGCCGAGAAAGCCGCGCUCGAAGAGUACGACAAGCAGCUGAAGGCGCGCCAGCAGUUCUUCGACGACCCCCCGGAAGCGGAGGAGGGCGAGGAGCCGCCGCAGCCGCCCCCCGAGCCGGUGAAGCCGCCGGAGCGCAUUCCGGAAAUCGUGCUGCUGGACCCCACGGUGGUGUCCUACUACGCGCCGGCGACGGUGUGCGUGCCGAAAAACGACCCGCUGGACCGACACACCCAGGGCGUCAGCUGUGUGGCGUUCUCGCAGCACGACGGUGUCAUGGUCAGCGGCGGCGUGGACGGUAAGGUCAAUGUGUGGAGCUACAUCAACGGCGCCCACGUUGCCACCGUGGACUGCGGAUCGCCGGUCACCAGCCUCGCCUUCCCGCCCACGACGGACUCGCUGCUGUCCGACGGAAUGUCGCAACUCAACCUCUGCACCGUCGCGGUCGGAUUGGAGAACGGCAGCAUCCUGCUGGUCGAUGCAAGUUCCGCCGAAACCGCGGAUGCGGGGGCCCUCAAGACGAUGGCCGGUCACAACGGUGCCGUCACCGGCUUGAAGUUUCACCCGGGCCGCGGCGAGGACCAAAGCAAGCCCCGGAAGGAGCCGAGGAAGUCGUCCAAGGCGUCGGAAGCCGAAGCGCCCCCACCCGAGGAGGGAGAGGAGGACGGCGAGGAGCGCGAGGCUAGCAAGGAGAUCGUGCCCUGCGCCGCGUUCGGCACCAAGCCCAACCUGUUCUCGUGCGGGCAGGACGGUACGGUGCGGAUGUGGAACACGCUGAUCGGCGAGGAGACCACGGAGCAGCCCGGGGACCUGAUCUGCAUGGAGAAGAAGUCCAAGGUUCCGCAGUUGUCGCUCAGUAUCGCUUGCGAUGGCGGUGCGGUGGUUUCCGGUGGGCAGAACGGACGCUUCUACUACAGCGACGCCAACGAGUCCGACUUCGUGCGGGGGCCCAACAAGAAGCUCCCGCUGCCGCCAGAGCCGGAGGAGGGCUGGGGCGAGGAGGGCCCGCCCGAACCCGAAGAGGAACCGGGUGACCCCAUCACGUUCCAGGCGCACGACGCUUCCAUUACCUGCGUUGCCUGGAGUCCGAUGAACCCGCGGUUGAUGGCCACGGCGUCUGCCGAUGCGACGGUGAUCAUCUGGGAUAUGUGGAACGAAGACAAGUCCGCUCUGCACCCGAGCCGCAACAUGGACCCCAUUCAAAACUUGACCGGGUUUGUUCAGUGGUCGCCCGACUGCGCCUCCAUUGUCUGCUCCAACGAGGACAUGAACAUGCAAAUCUUCUCCGCGGUGAGCGGAAACCCACGAACCGCUCCGUUGCCAGGUACAAUUAUGCCUCUUCUUGGUUGUAGUUUGUUAAGUUGUCAUCUUUAUUGUAUGCUAUGAUGAUCAAUUGUGUUUUUUGCGUUUUCUUGUUCUUUCGGGGAAUUUUGCUUUUCGCGUUGGGUAAACUAAUAUUUUUCUGCAUUGAAGCAAAAAACGCUUCCGCGAUCUGUGACAUCACAGGCCACAUUGCCGCCGUGCACAACGGUGCUUGGGCGCCGCUGGGCCAGUGCCUCGCGACGUGCUCGGAGGACAACAGCGUGCGGCUGUGGCACUUCCGGUUGAACCGCGACAUUUCCGAGAUUACCACGCUGGAAAAGGAGCAGGCCGAAUUCAACCACGACAUGCUGUUCUGGCAGAAGUUGCUGGACAAAAUCCGGAAGCAGUUCAAGGACUACAGCCUGUGGCAGGAGUACGAGCCGGACAUCUACCUGCUCCGGUCCUCCCUGGACAAGGGCGUGGAGCGCACCCAGAGCUACAACAGCCGCGAGGCGCUGUUGGGUUUGACCCGGAGCGACUACUACGAACUGGACGGCAUGAUCGAUGACUACAAGCCCUACUACACGCUGUGGGACGCCGUGAUCAACUUCCAGAAGCUGCAGAAGCUGUGGCACGAAAAGCCGCUGUCAACCAUCGACGCGCCCAAGGUGGAGGAGCAGCUGGACCAGUGGUUCAAGGACUGCGUGAAGAUGAUGAAGCAGUUCUCCUCCGACAGCAUGAAGAACGUGCGCAACACCGCGCGCGCGCUGCGCGACGCCAUUGACGCGUUCAAGGUCAAGUUCCCCUUUCUCCGCGCCUUCUCGUCCGAAGCGAUCCUGCAGCGACACUGGGACACGCUCGCGGAGCGCAUGGGCGGCAAAAAGCCGGCGACGGAGGACAUCAAGAUGAUCACCAUGCAGGAGAUGAUCGACAUUGGCGUGCUUGACUUCCCGGAGGACUACGAGGAGAUUGCCAUGGCGGCCACGAAGGAGUACUCAUUGAAGCGGGCGCUGGCCAACAUGAAGGUCGAGUGGGAGCCGAUCAGCUUGUCUUUGAAGGCCUACAAGAACACGGGCGUGCCGCUGCUCGGCGGGAUCGACGAGAUCCAGGCCUACCUGGACGACUUCAUCGUGAAGACGCAGGCGAUCCGGUCCUCGCCCUUCUGCAAGCCGUUCGAGGCCGAGGUGCACGAGUGGGAGGCGUUGCUGCUGCGGAUUCAGGACUUCGUGGACGAAACCAUCCUGCUGCAGCGCUCGUGGAUGGCGCUGGAGCCGAUCUUUGUCUCCGAAGAUAUCAAGCGCCAGCUGCCGCACGAGAGCGAACAGUUCGAGAUCGUGGACAAAAUGUUCCGGGCCCGGAUGCUGGAGGUCGACGAGGACAAGCUCGCUUUGCGCGUGGGUCGCAUCCCCGGCUUGAUCGAGGAUUUGAAGGACGGGAACGAGACCAUCGAAAAGGUCCAGAAGGGUCUGAAGGACUACCUGGAGACCAAGCGGCUGUACUUCCCGCGGUUCUUCUUCUUGAACGACGCAGAUCUGCUGUCCAUCCUGGCCGAGACCAAGGAUCCCACCGCGGUGCAGCCGCACUUGGGGAAGGCCUUCGAGGGCGUGGCCAAGGUGCGAUUCGACGGUGGCAAGACGGUGAUCGAGAGCAUGAUUUCCGCGGAGGGCGAGGAGAUCGAGCUGAAGCGGCAGAUCGACACCAACAAGCCGGGCAACCGCGGCGCCGUCGAGCGCUGGUUGGUGGAGCUGGAGGAGUCCAUGAUGGACACCUUGCGCCUGGUCAUCGCGGAGUGCAACGACAACUACGCGCAGAUCGAGCGCCACCAGUGGUGUCUCCUGUGGCCGGGCCAGGUGGCGAUCUGCACUUCGUGCUACUACUGGACGAUCGGCGCGGAGGAGUACCUGGACAAGAAGAAGAUUGCAGACUACGAAAAGAAGCUCUUCCAGCAGAUCAGCAACAUCGUCGAGCUGGUGCGUGGCGAGAUGUCCAAGCUCGCGCGCGUCACUGUCGGUGCGCUGGUCACGCUGGAUGUGCACGCGCGUGAUGUGAUCACCGAGCUCAGGGAGAACGGUGUCGACAGCAAGGAGGACUUCCAAUGGUUGUCGCAGCUCCGGUACUACUGGAAGCCGGUGGGGGAACACACGCUCUUGUCCGGGGAAAAGAACAGCAGGAACGAGUGCUGCUGUUCCAUCGUGAAUUCGACGCUGCUGUACGGGUUCGAGUACCUGGGGAACACCGCGCGUCUCGUGGUCACGCCACUGACCGAUCGCUGCUACCGUACCUUGAUGGGUGCGUUCGCGCUGUACUACGGUGGCGCCCCGGAGGGCCCGGCCGGAACGGGGAAGACGGAAUCGACGAAAGAUUUGGCGAAGGCCCUGGCCGUGCAGUGCGUGGUGUUCAACUGCUCCGACAGUAUGGACUACCUGCAGCUGGCGAAGUUCUUCAAGGGUCUGGCCUCCUCCGGUGCCUGGUGCUGCUUCGAUGAGUUUAACCGUAUCUCCCUGGAGGUGUUGUCGGUGGUCGCGCAGCAGAUUCAGCAGAUUUCGCUGGCGAUCAAGCAGCGCGUCACCACGUUCGUUUUCGAGGAAACGGAGAUCCGCCUGGUGCCGACGUGCGCCGUGAACAUCACGAUGAACCCCGGUUACGCUGGGCGUUCCGAGUUGCCCGAUAACCUGAAGGCUUUGUUCCGCCCCUGCGCGAUGAUGGUGCCAAACUACGCGUUAAUCGGUGAGAUUCGUCUCUACUCCUACGGGUACGAAGACGCCAAGCGCAUCGGUAUGAAGGCCACCAUGGCGCUGAAGCUGUCCUCCGAACAGCUGUCCCCGGCGAAGCACUACGAUUUCGGGAUGCGUGGUCUGAAUGCGCUGCUGGUCGCGGGUGGUAACGGGAAGCGAACGUACGGCGACAAGUACCCGGAGGACGUGAUCGCGCUGCGUUCCUUUACCGACGUCAAUCUACCGAAGUUCACGUCCGCGGACAUCCCGCUCUUUAAGGGUAUCAUCGGCGAUUUGUUCCCCGGGGUGCGACUCCCGCCGGCCGACUACGGCAACCUGGUCACCAACCUGGAGCAGGUCACCACCCAGUUCGGUUUGCAGCCCACCCGUGAAUUCACCAACAAGGCCGUGCAGCUGUGGGAAACCAUCGUGGUGCGCCACGGUCUGAUGACCGUCGGGUUCCCGCCCUGCGGGAAGACCUCGAUCAAGGACGUGCUGGCGACGACGUUGGAGCGCGUCUCCGGGCAAAACGAAUUGUUCAUGCCCGUCGUGCAGUACGUGAUGAACCCGAAAUCCAUUACGCAGGGUCAGCUCUACGGAGAGGCGGAUCUGAACACGCAGGAGUGGACCGACGGUGUGCUCGCCAUUGCCGUGCGUAACGGUUCGCAGCCCGUCGGCGCCGACGGCAAGAUGCGACGCCAGUGGGUCGUGCUCGACGGUCCGGUCGAUGCGAUCUGGAUCGAGAACAUGAACACCGUGCUGGAUGAUAACAAGAAGCUCUGCUUGAACUCUGGUAUGAUUUUUUUCAAAAGUAGUUAACUUGGGCGUUCGUUCCACUUGACGAGUCCAUAGCUUUUGUAUGUGCGAACAUUUAUAAUUUCCUUGUCUGCGAAAAGUCUUUUGGUUUUGCAACACGUAGCUUUUGCUUUUCACGCAGUAUUAGUUCGACGCCCGCGCAGCCUGAUGUCAUCAAACUUGCCACAUUUUAAUCAAAACAGGUGAGAUCAUCAAGCUGUCCCCGGUCACCACGAUGUUGUUCGAGGUGCGCGACCUGGAGUACGCAUCUCCCGCAACUGUGUCCCGCGUCGGUAUCGUGUACCUGGAACCGGACACCGAUCUGGGCUGGCAGCCGAUCGUGCAGAGUUGGUUGGCCACGCUUCCGGAAUACAUCCGCAAGGACCACGAGAAACAGAUUAUGGAUAUGUUCACUGGCAUGUUCGAGGUCUUCCUGGAAACCUCGCACAUUGUGCCCACCCCAGUCGCGUGCUCCGACAACUGGCUCGCCCUGUCCGCCUGCCGACUUAUGGAAUCGCUGAUCUCGGAUCAGGUACAGUAACGUUGGCACUUUUCUUUGGCAUUUUUGGUCAGUAGUACGUAGAGUGGUCAUUUCGCCUUGACCAAAUAAUGGGUAAAUUAAUCGUUGCGUUCGACGGCGGAUUACCUUACGGGGGAUCUAGAAGGAACAAAGGGGUUCCCCCCAAAGUGGGGCAGUACCACCGGGGGAAGGGCUUGCUAAGCUGGACCCGAAGUCGGCCGCGUGGCCGGCCAAAAAGUGUGCCAAACCAGCAGCGCUCCGACGGGGGAAGGGGCGAAAAUAUCGACUUUUGCGCCCAAGGACGCAUUGGUAUCCGAAAAAUGAAAGUUUUUUUCUGUCCCUAGUCCCCCCGGUGCGCUUGCGAAAAAGUAGCGAACUCGGACCCUCCGUGGGUCCGCACUGCGACUGCCAUCGUCUUUUGCAAGAAAAAAAAAAUGAAAAAAUGAAAAAAAUCGCCCAUUUUGAAUGCGCCUUGUGCCCAAUCCGAAAUUUGUCACGCCGCCAAACACGGCGGGACGCUGAAGACUUGAUCAGCUUGUCACCGGUUCUAGGGGUGUAACGUUUUGCCAUUUUUGGCCAGGAGGCUUCCGCCUGGUCAAGCAGAUCCUCUCUGUUUUUGAGGUGCGAAAGUACCUUCCGAAAAAAUGCAAAAAAAAAAACAUAAAAAAAGCACAAACGAAAACGAGCAAAAAGCAGGCGCCCGCCGUGUCCGGCGGGGUGACAUCAGGCGCGUCGGUAUGGCGCGCAAAAAUUUUUUGGGUUUGCGCACGACCGCCGCCGCACAGGAACCCGACCGGCGUCGUGGCGGGCUUCCCAAGGGGAAGGCCGAAGUGCGCGCGUCGCGCUUUUUACUUCGCAAAACGGAAGGCGCAGCGAUUAAUUACCGCAUCGCCGGAAUUCAUAGCGAGCGCCGAACUUUGCUUUCUAUCUGACAGGUGAUGCAGUACUGCCGGCCCGAUGGGGAGCCGAACGAGGAGGACAAGAACGCGCCGCAGCCGCAGUCCGCGGUGGACCGCGAGCUGAUCAUCGCGCAGCUGUUCUACUUCACGUGCGUGUGGACCGUGGGCGCGGUGUCCAACAACGACGGGCGCGCGGUCGCGGACGGCGCCAUCAAGGCGGCCAUCGAGAAGAAGAGCGAGUACUUCAAGAAGAACAACUUCAUCGUGCUGCCCGAGUUCUACGACCUCCAGUCCGGCGCCGCCAUCCCCGUACCCCCGCGCAAGGGCACGCUGCACGACUACUACGUGGACGCUGAGGACGGCGGCAAGUGGAAGCUGUGGACGGAGCGCAUCGCGCCGCUGGACAUCCCCAAGGGCACGCAGUACCACACCAUCGUGGUCCCCACCGCGGACACGGAGCGCAACCAGUUUUUGAUCCGCACCCUGAUCGAGAAGGGCCACAACAUCCUCCUCUCCGGGCCCACCGGUACGGCGAAAACCGCCUCCAUCAACGGGAUGCUGCUCGGUGGGUUCCACCCGAAGAAGUACUCCUCCAUCGCGUUCGCGUUCUCCGCACAGACCACCGCGAACCAGACGCAGGACAUCAUUGACGGCAAGCUGGACAAGCGCAGGAAGGGCGUGUACGGCCCGCCGAUGAACAAAAAGAUGCUGGUGUUCAUCGAUGACUUGAACAUGCCCAUCAAGGAGACCUACGGCGCGCAGCCGCCCAUCGAGAUCCUCCGCCAGGCGAUGGUGAAGACGCCGCUGGGCUUCGGCUGGUACGACCGCAAGGGCUGGGACUUCCGGUCGCUGGUGGACAUCAACUACCUGACCGCCAUGGGCCCGCCAGGCGGCGGCAAGAACGACAUCACGGACCGCUACUCGCGGAUGUUCUAUUACAAUGAAAAAUGCCCCCACCCCCGAACUUGAAAGCAUUUGUAUUGCAAACCUUUCCAAAUGAAACAUUCGCCCUCUUGCAUGUAUCAGCAUCACAGAUUUCCGAUCGUGAAUAGCAAAAAUUUGUAUUGCAAAAGAUCCCAGCAAGAGCGGUGCUUGUCAUGCAAGCGAUGCGAAACAACACUAGAAUCUGCAUCAGAAAGAUUUAUAUUCCUUUCAUGCAUGACAAAAAGGUUUCAUUUGGAAACUUCGCAUCACAAAUGUUUGUAACUUUGGGGGUGGGGGGCACUUUUCACUGUAAUAUGUUCAACCUGGUCUUCGUCACCCCCUUCGACGACGAGUCGUUGGCGCGGAUCUUCUCCACCGUCGUCGGUGUCUUCUUCGCGAACCUCGCACGGGACAUCGCCGCGCAGGUCCCAGCCGUGGUGUCGGGCGUGCUGGACGUCUACUUCAGCAUGAUGAAGGACUUUCUGCCCACCCCCGCGAAAUCCCACUACACUUUCAACAUGCGUGACGUCGCGAAGGUGUUCCAGGGCAUGUGCAUCUGUCAGCGCGAAUCCCUGCCGAAAGUGGAGGACCUGUGCAAGGUCUGGAUGCACGAGUGCGAGCGCGUCUUCAAGGACCGUUUGAUUAACCGCCAAGAUCAGAACUCGUUCACGUUUAUGAUCAAGCGAUUGAUGGACAAGCACUUCAAGAAGCCGUACGACCAAGUCGUCAAGGUAUAUUUAUUUUAGCAAAGUGAUCAGUCUGCGAUUUAGAACUUUUUAGGGGCAAAGCUGUAUGUGUAUUCGGCGUAGAAGUGGGCCGACGGGACGGGGAAAUAAAUUUUUGGUUUUUCAAACGUGUUGCGAUUUGUGGGAAUUCUUGCAUCGGAUGCAAAUCAAAAUCUCGACCUUCAAUUUCCCAAACUUUUCACAGGUCGAGCCGGUGAUUUUCGUGGACUUUGUGGACCCGAAAUCCACCGCGUACCAGGAAAUUCCGGACGUGGACCGGCUGCUUGAGAAGGUGCAGGAGUGCAUGGAUGACUACAACAACGUGUCCAAGAUCCGCCUGGAUCUGGUGCUGUUCACCGCGUUCCUGGAGCACAUCUGCCGCGUGAUUCGCGUCCUGAAACUCCCGCUGGGUAACGCCCUCCUCGUCGGUGUGGGCGGUUCCGGGCGUAAGUCCGUGACCACGCUGGCCACCUACGUGGCCGAGUUUGAACUGUUCCAGAUCGAGUUGGCCAAGGGCUACGGCAUGAACGAGUGGCACGACGACAUCAAGAAACUGCUGAUCUCCGCCGGUGGGCAGAACAAGAACAUGGUGUUCCUGUUCCCGGAUACGCAGAUCGCCAACGAGGCGUUCCUGGAGGAGGUGUCCUCCAUCUUGAACACGGGCGAGGUCCCGAACUUGUACUCCCAGGAAGACAAGAUGGAGAUCAUGGAGCUCUGCGCCAAGGGCGCCAACGCCGCGGGCCAGAUCACGCCCAACGAGGUCUUCUCCUGGUACGUGAGCGUCUGCAGGCAGAACUUGCACAUCGUGCUGGCGUUGUCGCCGAUCGGCGCGGACUUCCGCAUCCGCUUGCGAAACUUCCCGUCGCUCGUCAACUGCUGCACGAUCGGUAUAAUUCGCUGUUGUGUUUUUUUGCAUAUAUGCAUAAUUGCAGUCGCUUGUUGUUGAUCUGAUGUUGUUCUCCCUCGCUGAAGAGUCCAACAAUGAAUAGCGUUUCCGGUAGUUUAUUAUUCGAGAAAAAAACUGUCCGUCACAAAGACAAACUUAAACUUUCAACUCAGAUUGGUUCAUGGAGUGGCCGCCGCAGGCGUUGACCGCGGUGGCAAAGCAGUUCCUCCGGGCCGUCGACAUGCCCGAGGAAGUGAAGGACAACGUGGUGAAAGUGAUGGUCGAGAAGCAGACGAGCGUGAUCGAGCUCGCCGAGAAGUUCUUCAAGCAGGAAAAGCGUAUCUUCUACGUGACGCCCACGUCCUACCUCGACUUGAUCUCCACCUUCAUCGUGAUGCUGAAGCAGCAGCGGGACGUCGUGUCCACGGCCAAGUCCCGGUACGAUGUGGGGAUGGAGAAGAUCGAGGAAGCCGCCUCGGCGGUCGGCGCACUGCAGAAGGAUCUCGAGGACCUGCAGCCGUCGCUGGAGAAGUCCGCGAAGGAGACCUCCGAGCUGAUGAUUCACGUGGAGGGCGAACAGAAAAAGGCGAGCGAGAAGCAGAAGCUGGUCGAUGCCGAUGCCGCCGCCGCGGAAGAGGAGGGCGCGAAGGCGAACGAAAUUAAGGCCGAUUGCGAGAAGGAUCUGGCCGCCGCCAUGCCGGCGCUGGACGCCGCGGUCGACGCGUUGAGCAAGUUGUCCAAGGGUGAUAUCGGGGAGGUGAAGGCGAUGAAGACGCCCCCGGCCGGUGUCAUUCUCACCUCGCAGGCCCUGUGCUACAUGUUCGGCGUCAAGCCGGUCAAGGUCGCCGCCCCGGACGGCAAGGGGAAGGUAGACGACUUCUGGGAACCGGCUAAAAAGGAACUGCUCGGUAAGAUUUUUGUGAUUGAGGAAAUCAGACAUUUUGUUUUUUGCAACUGUUUCUUGCAAAGGGGUUUUAUUUUUACCGCAUGCCUUCUCAAGAAUAGAAUUUGGUUGCGAACAAGUUCAAGUUGUUUCUACGAAAAAAAUCUACUUGAAAUGGAUAGAUGACAUAGGUUCUAAGAUGACAAAACGGACUAUCUUCACACGCUAUUUCACAGGUGAUCCCCGGCUGCUGGAAAAGAUGGUAAACUUCGAUAAGGACAACAUUUCCCCCGACGCGAUCCAGAAGGUGCAACCGCUGUAUGAUUCUGAAAUGUUCGAUCCGGACAUUAUCAAGAAGGCCUCCAUUGCCGCGAUGGGUAUUUGUAAGUGGGUCCGUGCCAUGGUCGUGUACGACAAAGUUGCGAAGGAGGUGGGGCCGAAGCGGGCCAAGCUCGCCAAGGCCGAGAAGUCCGCCGGGGACGCGAUGGAGCUGCUGGCGAGCAAGAAGGCCGAGCUCGCCGAGGUGAUUGCCCUGGUCGACAAGCUCGUGAACCAGCUGAACGAGGCCAAGGCCAAGAUGGAAGAACUGCAGAAGAACAGCGACGACUGCCGCGCGAAGCUGGUGCGCGCCGAGAAGCUGAUCACCGGGCUGGGUGGCGAGAAAGCCGCCUGGACCCAGCAAAGCGCCAAACUCGGCAAGGAUUACACAAACCUGACCGGCGACAUCCUGAUCGCGUCCGGCAUCAUGGCGUAUCUCGGGUGCUUCACCGGCGUGUACCGCAAGGAAGUGUGCGACAGGUGGCUCACCAAGCUGACGGAACUGCAAAUCCCGGCCUCCCCGGAGUUCACGUUGGCAAACUGCAUCGGGAACCAGGUGAAGAUCCGCAAGUGGGUCAUCGACAAGCUGCCCAACGACAACCUGUCGAUUGAUAACGCCAUCAUCCUGGACAACAGCUCGCGGUGGCCGCUGAUGAUCGACCCGCAGAACCAGGCCAACAAGUGGGUCAAGACCACGCACGGGACGAAGUUGAAGGUGAUGCGGUUGAACCAGAACUACGCGCGAAACCUGGAGACCUGCAUCUCCUUCGGAACCCCGGUGCUGAUCGAAAACAUCGGCCUCACCAUUGACGCCAUGUUGAACCCGCUGCUGUUGAAGGCGACGUUUAAGCAGGGACCCCAGGAAAUGAUCCGAUUGGGUAAGAGUCGAUAAUUUUUUUUCACAUAAAAAUUCCUCUGCAUUUUUUUGAGUGACGAUUUUUAUGAAUGUUCCGUCCACACAGAAGAACUACAACAUCUACACAUAUUUACUGCAGUAAAUUUGCAAACCGCGACGAUCGUAUCGACGCACACACAGGUGACAGCACGAUCGAGUACAGCAAGGACUUCCGGCUGUACUUCACGACCAAGCUGCCCAACCCCCACUACGCCCCGGAGAUUUGCGUGGCCGCGUGUCUGUUGAACUUCAUGGCCACGGUCGACGGUCUGACGGAUGCGAUGUUGGGUAUUCUGGUGGCCAUGGAGGAGCCGGAGGUCGAACAGGCUCGGCAGAACCUGGUUAUCGAAUCCGCGCAGUCCAAGGCGGAGCUGGCCGAGAUCGAGAACAAGAUUCUCGCGCUGCUGUCCGCCUCCUCCGGGGACAUUCUGGAGGACGAGGAGUUGAUCAACACGCUGGCGAGUUCCAAGGUGACGUCCACCCGCAUCGGGGAGCAGGUGAAGGUGCAGGAGAUGACGGCCGCGACCAUCGCGGAGACCCGUCUGUCCUACACGGCUCACGCCUUCCGUUGCGGGGCGCUGUUCUUCGUGAUCGCGGACCUGCGUAUUGUGGACCCCAUGUACCAAUUCUCUCUAGAUUGGUUCAUGGUGCAGUUCGUCGAGUCCAUCAGGCGCGCGGAAGCGAAGGAGAGCAAGGACGACCGGUUGACGGAGCUGUUCCGCAGUUUUCUGGCUUUGCUGUACGACAUGGUCUGCCGUUCCCUGUUCGCGAAGGAUAAGUUGCUUUACUCCUUCAUGUUGUGCUUGAAGUGCCAGGAAACGGACAAGGAGCUUAACCUGAACCAGUUGAAUAUGCUCUUGACCUGCGUCGGCGGUGGCGCCCUGGAGCCGAAGCCGGAGAACAGCGACUGGCUCACCGAUGUCUCGUGGGCGCGUGUGACCACGCUGGGAACGCUGAUGGACGUGUUCGAGGGAUUCGCGGCCGACUUCGCCGCCAAUCUGGAAGGCUGGAAGGCCGUUUUCGACAGCGAAAACCCGAUGGCGGCCGAGAUCGAGUGGCCCAAGAACUUCAAGCAGAAGUGCAACCCGCUGCAACGGGCACUCACCAUGUUUGCACUGCGUACCGAUGCCACCGUGGUCGCGAUUCAGGAAGUGGUAUAAAAAAGAUACAAGCAUGUACAUAGUAUCCUGCCGUGUCCUCUUAUUUUGUUCCUGCUGUGCUCGUGUUUGUUGAUGACAUUAAAGUUGUGCUACGCGAGUUUGUUAUUGUUACUUUCCAUUUUGUAUCGUUGCACUUGCAGCGAUCAGUUGAAACUUCAUGUGUAUCUGAAAAAUACGAUAGGUACUGAACAAACUCGGGCGCGAAUACCUGUUGGUGCCCCCCUUCGAUCUGCCCGUGUGGUUCGAGGACAGCUCUCCGGCGGUGCCGCUGAUCUUCAUUCUGUCGAUGGGUUCCGACCCUAUGGCAGAUGUCACGGCCCUGGCGUUGAAGCACGAUAUGUUGUCCAAGAUCGUCCCGAUUUCGCUGGGACAGGGGCAAGGACCAAAAGCCACCGCGGGCAUCAAGGAUGGCUCUGCCAACGGAAAGUGGGUGCUGCUGCAAAACUGCCACUUGGGAAUCUCAUACAUGCCCGUGCUUGAAGGUAUUUUGUCUGAGUGACGCGUUUUGUUCGACAAAUAAGUAUCGACAAUGAAUUCCUUGUUACGACGCGACUUGAGUUUUUUUUUGUGUCCUCUCUUGGCGCUCCGCUUUCGAUGACUCAUUGUAGCUUCAGAGUACUUGUUAGGUCGAGAUACCUUUUGAAAAAAUAACAAUCCAGGUAUGAUCGAGGCAUGGAAGCCGGAAGAUCUGAACCCCGCGUUCCGAUUGUGGCUGACCGCGUGCCCAUCUCCAGAUUUCCCGAUUGCCGUUUUGCAAGGCGGAAUCAAGAUGACCAUCGAACCACCAAAGGGGUUGAGGAACUCGCUCCAACGCGCCUACCGCGGUACGAAAUUAGAUUUUUUUUUGUAAACACUUUUAUGUUUUCCGACGACGUUUUCCGACAACAGCUCGUGCUGUUGCCACAAGCCAGUGCACCCCGUGAAAAAAUGGCGGAUCACAGCAAAACAUUUCAUUAUCAGGCAUGGACGAGGAGUGGUUCGAGAGUUCGACCAAGCCAACGACCUUCAAGAAGCUGCUUUUCGGGCUCUGCUUCUUUCACGGUCUUGUCUUAGAGCGCCGCGCUUUUGGGCCCAUCGGGUGGAACGUGGCUUACGGAUUCUCCGAGCCAGAUUUGGACAUUUCGCAGAAACAACUGCGCAACUUCAUCGAGGACUUCAGCGACAUUCCCUAUGCGGCUUUGAACUACAUGGUCGCCGAGGCAAACUACGGUGGUCGUGUCACAGAUGGCCAGGACAGGAGGCUUAUCGUAUAAUUUUUUUCAUUUCGAGCAGGAUGCAUGUGAAAACGAAAAAAAGAAGAAGACGAAUGUCAACGAAGUUCCCAAACUGUUGCAGGCUCGUUUUAUACAUUGAUGCGGACUGCACCGAAAAAUGGAGUGACAGAAACAAAACACACUCUACAGGUCGAGAUCAUCAAGGAUUUCUACACACCGAAGAUCCUAGAAGACGACUACAAGUUCUCGAUUUCCGGCAUCUACUACUCGCCCACUGCCAACACCAUCAAGGAGCACCUAGACUACGUCGAAAGUCUGCCGUUGAACCACACCCCCGAGGUGUUCUGGCUCCACCCCAACGCAAGUCUCACAGCGGCGAUCAACGAAGGUAAAAAGGUUUAUUUUUUUCUGUUUAUCAACUUCAAUAUCUAUAUCAAUUUCAAUACUAUUCCUACUGAGCCCGUCGGGGGCUGACGCUGACCCUGACGCUGAUGAAGACGAGCGGCGAUAAAGAUGCCGAGAAUGGACGAUAAGUCGUUUUGUGCUGCAGCGCUUAGAAGUCGGGCGAGUCGCAGCGAUAGAUCAAUCGAAUCUCUCUUCCGAAACGACUGCUUCCGAAAUUCCACCCAACAGGUAUUUCCAUGCUAAAGAACGCGCUCCUCCUGAUGUCUUCGUUCGGUGGCGGCGGCGGCGGCGACGACGAAGACGAGGGGGCCAAGGCGGAAACGCCCGAGCUAUGCAUUGCAAAUAUGUCUCGGUCUGGAAGAGUACAACUUGUCAUGCUAAAUCUGAAUCAUACAGAAAUCUGUUUUUCAUGAUUACCAAUAAAGCUGUUCACUUUUGAGAAGGCCGAGAGGCAGUUUCUCAUGCGGAAAAGGCAUGGAAAAGAUCUCACAGAAUCUGUGAUGCUAGGGCAUGCAUCAUAGACCUCACGCGUCAUGCAAAACGUGCAUGACAAACGUUGCACUUUUCCAGACCCAGACAUAUUUGCAUUUGAUACGAGCAGCGGUACUGCAACCUGGCCGAGCAGGUGAUCACGUUGAUGCCCGAGGCGUUUGACUUGGGCGCGGUCGGGAGAAAAUACCCGGUCAAGUACGACCAGUGUCUGAACACGGUGCUGCUGAACGAGUUGAUCAAGUUUAUCAAGCUUUACGACAAGGUGAAAGACACGUGCGUGAACCUGGGGAAAGCGGCCAAGGGGUUGGUCAUCUUCUCGCCGGAACUCGAGGCGGUGGCCAGCGGUUUCCUCACGAACACCAUCCCACCACCAUGGUUGGGCGUCAGUUAUCCAAGUCUGAAGCCCGCCAUGAGCUACGUCUUCGACUUCAUGGACAGGCUCAAAUUCAUGGACGACUGGAUCAAGCAAGGUACUAGGGACCACGAUAUUAAAUAAUUUGCGCAGUCCUCAUUUUUGCCCGGGUUAAUAAUGUUAAAUUCUUCAACAUUUCCUUUGCGUCGACAAGCAUUUUCAUUUUCAUUUUCUCUGCAGCCACUGUUUCGUCUGUCUAUGGGAACAACGCUUUCUCAGAGCAGAGUUGCUGCUCCUUUGUCAACAACGAACAUGCAUACAGGCAAGCAGUGCCGAUGGGAGAAUGCAGUGUAUGAGGUUAUUAAUACUAGCGAAGACAACUUGAAUACUAUCACUAUUGCAGGUGCCCCGACAGUGUUCUGGUUCUCGGCCUUCUUCUUCCAACAGGCCUACCUGACCGGUGUGCUCCAGAAUUUCGCGCGCGGCGCGAGCAUCGCCAUCGAUAAGCUGAUGUGGAACUUUGAAACCCUGGCGUCCACCGACACCGAUCCGGCGGAACCGGAGAAGGGUAGCUACAUCCGCGGCCUGUACAUGCAGGGCGCCAGGUGGGAGGACGACACCAUGACGCUGCAGGACUCCUUCCCGAAGGUACUGUGGUCCACAGUGCCCCUGAUUUGGCUGAAGCCGAACGAAAAAGACAAGGACGAACACGUGUACAACCAGAUGUACGCCAACCCGGUGUACAAUAUGGAUUGCAAAUAUGUCUGGGUCUGGAAGAAUGCAAACUUGUGAUGCGCAUUCCACAACACAAAAAAAUCUCUCAUGCAUAGGCAGCAAAAGCUGCCAACUAUCUGUCACCAAAGUGGGGCAUUUGUCAUGCGGAUUCGGCAUUGCGGAAGCUUCUCGAAGCCUGUGAUGCUAGAGCUUCCAUGGCAGACCUUCAGUGUCAUGCAAAAACAGCAUGACUCUUCCAGACCCAGACAUUUUUGCAUUGGAUAUACAAGUGCAGCGACCGGCGCGGGGUGCUGUCCACAUCCGGACACAGUUCCAACUUCAUCAUGUUUAUGUACAUGCCGGUCGACUACGCCCAGGGCCACAGCGAGAACUUCUGGACCAAGCGUGGUGUCGCUAUGAUCUCGCAGACCGACGAUUAAGACUAAGUAGCAAGUAGGGAAGAUGAAAGUAAGGGGACAAACUUUUGCCUGGGAAAAGCGACAACUGGUGCAACUGGUACAACAAUGUUAGAGAUGAACAUCAGAAGGUGUGCUUGUUGAAAGAAUUAAGAAAACUACGAAAAGACGCAAGCACAGUCGACAAGGUUUCAGAAAAGUGUUUCAACUAGAAAAAAAGCGUGGUCCAUCUCUUACGGUUUGACAGAACUCAGAACUCCACCCUACCAUACUUUUCUAAUUCCUCCUGUUUCUUCUACCCCAAAGAAUUAGACCUGUUUCUACCACCGUCCGAGAAUACCCUUUUGCCUUUCUGAAAAAUGUCAAAUGUGAGAUGCUCACACUUUAGCAAGUUUACAGUUUACAGACAAAUUUCGUUUCUAAAAUUUGAAUUUUACAGAUACAGUUACCCUGGAAAUACUAAGAUCAGACAGAGGAAGAACUCUAUUUGUCACGGAUUCUUGUUCAGACACAAAUAGUUUAAUACCCAAAGAGAAUUAUUUUUAAUGCAAAAAAUAACUCUCUUUCUUCAGAUCGAGUUUUAUCAGACUAGAUUCAAAAUAUAGGUUUCAAUUGCACAGAUUUGUUUUAUUCAGAACUACAAACACUAGCACGUCUCUUCUAGAGGCGAAGACUAUGUCAUGAUGACUAAUAAAAUGCAUAAGAUUUAUUUUAUUCUGUUAGAGCCUAACACUGUAAAGUUUGAACUUCUGAGAAAAGUUAUAAAAAUGGGAGAACUCAAAAGCCUAGAUCCGAGAAGUCGCAUUUUGCGACGUCUUUUAAACAAAAGGGGUUACAAAAUGAAUCACUCGAGGAAC